AUGGAUACUACCGAUCCGCAACUGGCACGAUUUCUUCAGCAGCUGCAGUCAGAGACCCAAAGACAGAAGUUCACAGAACAGGUCCAUACCCUGACUGGCCGUUGUUGGGAUGUUUGUUUUGCCGACUAUCGUCCACCAAGUAAACUUGAUGGGAAGACGUCGACUUGCUUGCAGAAUUGUGUGAAUCGAAUGAUCGAUGCCAGUAACUUCAUGGUGGAGCACUUGCAAAAGAUGGAAGGCGGCAAAGGAAUGUCAUAA